GAAACGUCAACCGCGAGACAAAAAAUUUUUUUGCUUUAAAUUGUGGUAAAAAUCGAUCAAUUAUCCGUUCGCAGAGCCUUUUGCAGCGUCAAACGUAACCUCCCACACGUGUUCCUUGCCUUCAACGGUUGCAACAAUGAAAAACGACGACGGCACCGCCUCCGAUGUCAAUAUCACAUCAUCAUCUUCCGCCGUAGCGACUUCAUCUUGUCCGGCAUCGGGCAAUAGUCAAAACUUUGUCACACAAAACCCAAACAGUCUGCUGUCGGAGCACUAUGUGCAGCUAAUGCGAAAAGCCACAACCGCCGAACAGACUGUCGAUGUCAUCCGGCAGGCGUUGGAAGCGACGGGCGUGCAUGUUUUCGGGGAAUUGUUGCAUAUGCCGAAUGUGCAAGCGUUGGAAAAAAGUGAACAUGCCAAGUCGUAUCACACGCUCAACGUAUUCGCCUAUGGCACGUAUCGUCAGUACUUGCAACAAAAGGACAAUUUAUUGGACCUGACACCUGUGAUGAAGAAGAAACUACAACAUCUAACCAUUGUCUCGAUGGCAAUCAAAUGCAAAUGCAUCCCGUACAGUAGUUUGCUCGACGAAUUAGAUAUUAAACACGUUAGGGACUUAGAGGACUUAAUUAUCGAAGCAAUUUAUGCUGACAUAAUCCAUGGGAAAUUAGACCAAAAAAACAAACAGUUGGAAGUGGAUAACGCGAUUGGGCGUGAUAUUCAGCCAGGAGACGUCAGUCAAAUUUGCAACACAUUGCAAGAAUGGUGCGAUUCGUGUGAAACUGUCUUGGCAUGCAUUGAGGAACAGAUCCGUCGAGCCAAUUCUGAAAAGCAGAAACGCAUUAAACAUAAAGAUGCUGUCGAUAAAGAGAUUGUUAACUUGAAGAAAGCAAUAAAAACAGCAUCCAACGAAACAGAUGGCGAUUGCGUAAUGGUAGGCGAUUCACGUGAAGCAUCCAGCGGGCAUGAAGUUCGUAAAAAGCCUUCGAAAUCAUCGAAGAGCGGCAAAGCAUCGGGCAGUAGCGUGCGACUCCACAUUUGAGAAACGAAGAGAUGUCCUAAAAAUAUAUUUCUCAUCAAAAAUCAUUUCCUCAUCAUCAGCACCUUUCAUCAUCUUAAAUUUCAACUUUUAUUUAAUUAUUAUUUUUUUUUCUUUAGUUUUAUUUUUUGUUGAUUUUUUUGAAGAACUUCCAAUAAUAAAAUUCAAAUUCGAACAAAAACAGAGCGGAAAUGUAAAAAAAACAAUCAAUUUUAACAUCCAAGAUUUUUGUUUAAAAAAAAGGAAAAAUAUGUUCUUACCUUUGAUUAUUACUUAG